AUGAAAGAAAUUCGUAUUGAUUUGGGUAAAGUCAACUUACCAUUAUACAUCAUUGCUACGUUGGCUUUACUAACAGUCAUAUCAUCAUUCUUUGAAGGAAGUCAUGUUGCAGAGUUAAACAGUCUCCCAAUAAAUCGAACAGAAUUAACUAACAUUAAAAACAUUUCAAUUAUGUUUACAUCCAAAAAUUUCUUCAAGGUCGAUUUGUUUAUUGAUUAUAUAUUUGAUGUUUCAUUAGAAGAACAUUAUAAAUAUAUGAAUCUUAGAGUUUAUCAGGCUGGUAUAGAAUACCGUUCAUCUACGAAUGUAUUAAAUGAUUACGCAGUAAAUCGCCAAGUCUCUUGGUAUUAUUUAAAUCCAGUUUACGGAAAUGCGACAAUUAGACUUUAUAGAGGCAACAUUUUUGUUGCUGAAGAAAAUAUGACAAAUUUAGUACCCUCUAAUCUAUCAAAUACUGGUUUUAGUUGCGUAGGAAAAGAUACAAAAGAUCGAGAAUGCGAAUUUUCAAAUGUAUGCUAUAAUGCUCAAAAUAUCCUUUAUACAUCAUUCCAUACUGUCACAUCUCCUCUUCCAAUUUUACAAUUAUCAGAUUUGAUUUCAUUUUCUCCGAAACAAAUAUCAAUGAACGUCUCACAAAACGCAGCUUACAAACUCGAAACUAAUAUUACUUAUAACGAAAGAAUCGUUGUAAUUGCUUUCAACAGUUUUUCAUUGUAUUCUUGGGAUUGGAUUUACAAUACGGCUACGCCACUUAUCAAUGCUAUCAAUGAUGUAUCUGAUAUUGACAGAAUACAUGCUAUUGGAGCUCCUUCUUCAGUUAUUAAUUCUUCAUUUUGUAAUUUGUUCGGAAAAAUGGAGCCACUCGAGGAUCAACUUAUUUGUAAUAAGUAUACGAUCUUUAAGCAGCUAAAACCACAGCCUUGGGGCACAGUUAUACAGUCAAAGAAAAUUGUACUUCAAAAAAUCAAUGAAAAGGUCAAAAAGCCGACAUAUGAUUGUAUAAUCUUAGAAGGUGGCUCUCAUCCUAUUAAAUUUGAUAAUAUGAAUGAGAUUGCUCAAGAUAUAUCUAAAUUAAAUCCGAAAACCAUUGAUAUCAACAUAACAGAUGAUGUUGAAGUCAUUUAUUAUGUUUCUCAUGCUAAAUACAUUUUCACAACAUCAGGAUCAACAAGUUCUUUAGUUUUCUGGGUUAAUCAAGGAAAAUUCUUUGAAUUUGUUCCUUCUGGUUUUGAAAAUGUUGUAAAUGGUCAACUACCAGCUGAAUUUGUCAAUGCCAGCUAUUACCAUUAUGUUGUUUCGCAAAAUGAAACAAAAUUGUUUGAUUCUAAUCAGAUUUAUAACUCAACUGAGGAUGUUUCGCUUAAUACAACGUUCACUAUUCAUCCAUUUGAGUUUAUCCCAUAA